AUGAUAAUCUUUGACAGCGAGAAGUAUGCCUGUGCGUCGUGUAUCAGGGGACACAGAUCUUCAACAUGUAGACACACGGAUAGAAUGUUGGUAAAAGUUCGCAGUAGAGGUAGACAUGCAUCUAUGGAUAUUAGAAAAGUUAUCAUCGUGGAAACAGAUUCUCAAGUUACACCGGAUGAAAGUUCGCCGUCGUGUGACAAAUGUUAUAGUGACUCUAAAAAUGAAUGUGAAAAGAUGAACCGCCAACCAAUUUUAUUCCUAAGGACUAGAAAAACUCAGAGGGCUAUUUUGGCUGAUGGAAAUCUGCAAAUUAUUGUGGAGAAUGAUGCUAAGCCUCAAGAUGGUUCAGAUAAACCUCAUCCGCCUUUCAAAUACAUUUCUGAAAAGGACUUCCUGCGAAUGCAUUUGGUUAAUGAAAGGGAACCUAGUUCAUGUGGUUGUGGUAAAAAUAAUAAAAAAUCCAAGGAAGACAUUACAAAGGUAGAGCCUGCUCUUGAGACUCCACUACCACCUACAGCACCGCUAGUACCUUCAGCAGAUAGCGCCUUUCCCAUGGAAAAUGUACCGCAGAACGACUUUAACUCCAAGGAUCCGUUUGCACUGAAUGCGGAUCCAAAGCAGAUGGUGGAACUUUUAACUCACAAGGGUCUAUUUCUAAGUACACAGUGCUCCUGCGAGGAAGGUCACUGUGUAUGCGCCAAUUGUCUGCUUCACAGAAAUGAAGAAGAAUUAAGCUCGUACAUCCAAAGGAGUGGUGUUCCUCUAACUAACAUGGGGGAAGCUCAACUAUCAAAUCCAAUGAUGGUGGGUACAGGCUCAUGCAACUGUCCGCCGGAAGAUUGUGAGUGUGAAUCAUGCCCUGAUCAUCCUUGUGAAAAUAUGUCAUUCAACAAAUUGCUACUAACGGGAUUACUCAACGCACCUCUAAGGCGUAAGACUAAUAUUGUUUACAAGGGCAAACUAAUACCGUCCCAAUACUGGUGGGAUUUUCUCAAGCUACACAUACCUCUUAUGGGAGAUUCUCAGUUGGAAUCGUUAGACAUAAUCGGCUGGUUCGAAAGAAUCGUUUCCAUUUAUGAGCAUCAGUUGGCAGAUGCCAAUGCAAACGUCGCAAGUGUUCCCCAAUCGCUCUUUGCACUGUAA